GUGGCUUGUAGCGGCAGAGGAAGUUGCAGGUGCGGGACAUGUGUUUGUAAUGCUACUUUGCCCUACAGGGGAACUUUCUGCGAUGAUUGCGUGGUAAGUGCACCGCAGGGAACCCUUCUGGUCUUGGCUCCUGACCUUUCACAGGUUACCAUCUUCUAGCAAACCCAAGAACACGACUAAUUAUAGAUCAAGUAAAAGCUAUUGAAUGAGGCUGAGUAUGAUAUGAGGAAUUAUGCAGAUCUAGGAGGUUUUUAUUCACCUUGGCCGAAAAGAUAGGAAGGAGAGCGAUUGACUCUAGUGCAAGCGACUACCCCACCCCACGAAGAGAGUGCUUCGCUAUAAAAACGUAUCAUAUUAUUGUACAAAAUACUAUUUGUUGUUAACUUGCUUACAUGCACAUUGCGGACCUAUUUGUAUUGCAGGGCUGCACUGGUACUUGCGAGGCCAACCGGGCAUGCGUGGAGUGCCGUUUGUUUGGCACGGGGGAAUUAGACAAAGACCAGUGUUCAAGAACUUGCAAAGAUUACAGCAUUACUCCAGUAGAUAAGCUUACACCUGGUAAGUUAACUCGUUGACACUUUUCAUGCGAUUCUAAUGCUACGCGUGCUCUUUUUUUGUGGCGUUUUUACUGAUCUACUUGUAGACGACUGCGUCUUGGUCCAUGAAAAGCAAAGUAAUAAAGACCAGUUGGCCAAUAUAUUCAGUCAUCUUGAACUCAGAUUGAGUGUACUAAAAGGAACUGUGUGAAAAUCUUACCAUGCUGUUUUCCAUUCUGAUAUAGGCUAAACAAUUUAUUUCUUUCUGUUGUUUUUAUCUGUUAGACAUGGGUAAGCAAUGUCGUUUUCUGGAUGAAGAGGACUGUUACCUGACCUUCGCCUACACGGAAGGACCAGACGGUCAACUCAAGAUUUUUACCCAGAAAAAUAAAGGUCUUUAAGCCAACUUUAAAGACAAAAAAAAUAGUACCGGGGAUUUGGCGGCGUUUGAUUGUUUAAGUGACUGAAAUGAUAAUUCACUCUGUGAAGUUUGAGAGAUUAUUGCACAUCAAUGGCAAGGUUAUUUCUUGUAAGCCUUGUGAGUUACUAAAAAUGCUUUCGUUGCAUUUCCAUUCUAGACUGUCUAGCCGCGAUGAAUGCCAUUUUAGGAACAACAACAACAACAACAAUUGUUAGCGUCAUAGGAGCAGUUUUAGCUGUAGCCUUGGCUUUGUUGCUUAUAUGGAGAGUGUUAGCCACCAUUCAGGUAGGCUUAUAUCACGCAAUGUUCGUCCACACCCUCUGGCUCAGUCGGAUUUGCUUGAGUCAAAUGCACUUCACUGUGAGCUGCCAUCAUUAAAUAUCUGAUAAUAAUAAUAAUAAUAAUAAUAAUUUUUUUAUUAUUAUUACUUUUAUUAUCAUACAUACAUACAUACAUACAUACAUACAUAAAACUUUAUUUAAACUCGAAUUUUAGAGUAGCUAACAAGCUAAUAUCUUCGAGCUGACACUACAUAAAAACUAUAUAGAAAAUAUAUAUAUACAUUAAAUGCAAGGAAAGAAAAUAUCAUUUACAAUUCACAAUUUUAAGUUUAAGUAUGUCAGGCAAAAAGAAUCUACAUGAAGGUAACAUCCUGUAUUUUAGUCUUAAAGUCUGCAAAAAAACUGGUACGAAAAAAGUCCGGCAGUGCAUUCCACUGCUUAGCUGAAAAGUAAGAAAAGGAGUUAAGACCAUAGGUAGUUGUUUUAGGUUUACUUAGUGAAAGAAUGUAGUUGCCACGAAGAUCAUAGGAAGAGGACCGGAGUGAAAACAUAUUCUUCAUAUAAGUAGGAAAAUGAGUGAAAACCAAACUCUUAUAUAACAGAAUGAGGAAAUUUUGAAUGCGUUUGUUAAACAAAGAAGUAGAGCUGACUUUUGAGAGAAGAGUGUUGUAUGGAGACGAGUAAUCUCCAAGUAUAAAUCUAAGUAUUCUUUUAUUUAAAGCUUCGAGCUUAUCCGCAUCGCGCGUUCCACAAAAGUGCCAGACAGAGGAGCAAUAAUAAAAGUGAGGUAAAAUAUACGCUUUGUAAAGUUUGAAUAAGAUUUCCUUGCGUAUGAGUUUUCUAAAGCGCAACAUAACAUUAAAUUGAUUUUUAAUCUUUUUGCAUACAUUUGAUAUAUGUUUAGAAAAAUUCAGAUUAUUAUCUAUUUCCAUUCCAAAAAUCUCUAACGUGUCCUUUACUGGGAAGGAAAAACCAUACUCCGUAUCACCGAGGAUUAGACACUGGUGCUUGCUCUCAUUAACUAACAUCCCAUUUUCAUGGUACCACUGAUUGGCCACGCCAACAUCAUGAGAUACGCAUGCAUCCAGAGCUGCCGGAUCGACGUGGGAGUAGUAUACCUGAUGAUCAUCCGCAUAAGCGUUCAACUUGGCCUUCUUGACGUGGAAGAAAAGAUCGUUUAUGAAAAUGUUGAAUAGCAUGGAACCUAACACACUCCCCUGCGGGACCCCACGCUUGACGCUUUCCCAGGUCGAAAAGGUGUCUCCAACUUUAACUCUCUGAGUUCUGCUAGAGAGAUAGUUCCUAAUUAGGGCACAACUUUUGUCGUCCAUACCAUAGGCCCUCAGUUUCGAAAGGAGGAGUGGAUACUGAAUAACAUCAAACGCUUUGGAGAGAUCCAUAGAAACUACCGCAACAGGCUCCCCCCUGUACAAGCUCCCCCCUGUCAUCAUCAUUUCUAAGAACAUUUCUAAGAACAUUUCUUAAUCAAUGUGCACAUUAAUAAGUGGUAGCUUUACGCCCAUGUUACAAUAAUUAAAGUGAGCAUAAAGUUGAAGUCAAAAUUUAGAAUUUAAAAAUUAAUUGUACCCUGUAAAGAAACGUACGUUCUCUGAUUAUAAGACUAGUCUCUCCUUGUCAGCACCAAACAACACGGCAUACUUCUUGUGAGAUGAAUAUUUUAAAGCUUUAAUAAGUUCAAACUCGUGUGGCAUCAAGACGGAUUGAAUACCCUUCACUUUCUUAAGCUUUGAGGAUAAAAUAGUCUUUUCUUUUAUCGCGGAAGUUACACACGAACCCUAUGUCCUACCAACCGUAAUGAAAAGAAGAUGCUUGUACGCAAGCUUAACAUCAUUUCUACCACUGCACGACCUUUGAAAUCAAACGAAACUUGAAAAGCCAUUCAAAAGUCGUGCAAUCACGAAUACUACCUUUUUUGGAAAUCGCGCUGCCAACGCACAGGAGCCAACAACAGUGCUUGCAAUUGGCGCCUAAAGUAAGUCCUAAGUGUUGAUUUUUCUAGGAUCGAAGAGCAUUUGCGCAGUUUGAAAAGGAGCAAAUGAAUGCAAAGCGUGUUGUGGUAAGUUUCCAGAGAAUUUGUGUAUUUUGUUUUAAAAUAAGGCCAUCAGAUCUAGGUAGAGCAACCCUUUAACGAACCCUACUGAUUAAACAAAUUUAAAGGAAAGAUUCGGUAUAAAAUUAUACCUUAUUACUGUGGCUGUUUAAAAACAUUUCUGUUAAGAAGAAUUGGAUACCAAUACCAGACAGAAUCACAAUCGAAAGGCGAGUAGGCUAACACUUGUGUGCGAAAAUAAUUAGUGGCAUUUCAUGUUUUACGCGGAAUUCGCAGUAAUUUAACCCAGCUCUUGCCAAUUUCUAUCAGUACCAAAGACUUGUUUUUCUUUUGUUAUUUUUCUUUAAUUUAUACACUAGGCUGAGAAUCCGAUCUUCAAACCGACAACCACAACAUUUAUGAACCCAAUGUACGAAGUGAAGACAUGA